CAACAACAAGACAUCGACGCCCAACCAGCUGCAGUCUCGCGAGGUCAGCAGGUCGCAUCAGCAAGUCAGCAGACCGUCAGGAGGUGUCCUCGUGAGCGCGCGUUGUCACAUCGCAAAACUAGACAAACACACCAUCGUGUAGCAUGGAGUCUCCUGUUUCCUCCAAGCGGAAUAGUCUGUCGCAGGAGUCAAAGAACACGCGGCGGAACUUGCAGCAUCAGCUCGACGAGACUGGCAAAGGUCUGAACCGUAUCAUGGACAUGGCGCAGCCUCUGCUCGAGCAUCAAAAACAUUUAGAGGCGCAACUCCAAGCAUACGAUCUUGGUAAAGACGUAGAAAAUCAACCGACCGUCUUGACGCAUCGCUUGGAUCACUUGCAACGUGAGUCUGAUGCUGUACUGACAGAAUUUGGCGUCAAUAGAUCAUCCAUUCGUGCCACGUACAAGGACAGCAAGCAAUCAGACUCUGCACCCAACAGGCCCCAAGACUCCAGCAUCCUUUCACCCACCAGGAUGGCACAAUCUGCACGGCGCGCACGGCAAAACAUGGCUCAGGGAACAAGGCCCCAUGAUAUCGAGUUUGCAACAGAAAUUGGCAACAAACUUGUAGCAGAAGUAAGAGCUCAGCAACAGCUAUUGGCGGAGAAAGAUGACAGGAUUCGUGAACUCCUUGUACAACUAGAGAAACGCGAGCGUGGUUUUGAAAACAUGCAAACAGAAGUCAAGACGGCAUUGUCGCAAGCAGAACGCUUGAAGAGUGUCAAUUGGGACCUCGAAGUGGCCUUGCACAAAGCAGACAGUGAAGUCAGUGAUUUACGUGAAUCCGAAGCGCGUCAAGCUGGCGAAGCAAAGCGUCUGAAUGCUCUCAUCGACACCAAGACUGAGCAGCUAGACGCGCAGCUGGCGACAGAGGCACGACUACGGGAGCAAUUGGCUACCCAAGAGUCAGCUCACACUGCAGCUCUAGCAGAUUUGCGUGGCGAUAAGGAUGCCGUCAAACGUGAGCUUGAAGAGACCCAAAACCGCUUGGAUGCGAUGGCAGCGGAGCUGGAAGAACAUCAGAAGCUGUCUCGUCUUCGUGAUCAAAAUCGCAGCCCAACCAAACAGACACUGGAGAAUAUCGACAGCGAGGAAGAACCAACAACUCCUGAUCGCUCGCCACGCAUGUCACCAAUCAAAGGCACGCCGUCUCGAAACGUCACACUUGAGGCAGAAACACUGAAGGGUUCUUUGCUGUCCUCUCACCGUAUGCUGCAGCACAGCAGGCAGACUGCACAAAAGGAGAAGGCUGAAAAGAUUGAAUUGCGUCGUCAGCUUAAGGAAGCUCUUGAUGAGCUGGAGGAACUCAAGCAGAUGCAUGCAAGCAUGAUGCCCAGGCGCCGCUUCAUGCGCGGACCUGGCGAAACCGAGCGCACAAGACCUCGUAGCGGGCGCACAGUCGACUCGAAACGACUCACCACUGAGACCAUCAUCUCCGAGGAAGACGCAGGAUGGAUCGAAGCCGAUGGCUCCGACAGUGAUCGUGGCAUUGAGCCAGAUGAGUCUGUCUAUAGCAUGCCGGCUUCUCGGGUCAAUUUCUCGCGCGAUGGCUUUGCCUUUGAAAGCGACUUGGAUGAGAGCUCUAGCUCGCCUCAUCGUCAGCAACCCGAUGGUCGUCGUCGUGUUCUUGGCACGCACGCACUCAUGAGCGCUUCACAAGUCUUUGCCUCUUCGCGACCACUAUUUGCCGAAUUGGAAGGCAAGUCCAUGGCAGGAUCCUCUACUCACUCGCCCGAGACUGUACGUGGCGCUUCAGGGUCCAACAGCAACACACCGAGCAAGUUUUCGAUGGCGAGUCAUGCAGACAUGGUGGAUGCCGGUACAAUGACCACAGCGCCCUGGAGACACACACCCAAGCAUGAGCCCAUCACGACUCAGUUCGUCUAUGAGGAUCCAGCAAAUGAGCCAGACACGCCACGCGCACUGAAAUCGACCCUGACUUUCAUUCAAGAGGAUCCAUCAAAUGCGCCAGAUUUGCCAGGCACGCCCAAGGCGUCUGCUGGACCAGAGUUGGCAUUCGUGCAUGAGAGGCCAGAAGACUUCCCUAGCGCACCAACUCGUGAUAUUUCGGAGUGGCGAUCCCCUCAAAUUCUUUCCCCAAAGCCUGUUCGAUCGCUCGCCUCCUCGGCCAUGCUGCCUCCCUUGAGAAAGAGUGAAGAUGGCUUUGCAACACCGCUGCCAGCCAUCAGCUCGAUCAAGCAAUCUGCAGUCUCUGGCUCCCCACUAAGACAAAGUCCAACCAAGAGUGUGGCUUCUGCAGAGGGCGUCAAGGAAGAAGACCGUGCAGAGCAGGCAUCAGAGAGCGUUCUGGCAAAGCGUGUCAUUGCACCGCUCCGUCGCAAGUCGGCUUCAUUGCAAAGCCUCAAAAGUCGAGCAAGCAGGGAGUCUCUUGCAAGCUCACGACAGGCGACACCACCACCUAUGCCGUCAACGCCAAUGCCUUUGUUGCCGUUGCCUGUCUUUGAGACAUUUGACCGCUCUGCGUCCCCUGCAUUGAACAAAAUUAUGGUGGAUCGUGGUUCACAGCCUGAUCCAGUGCAGUCUAGCGACUGGCACUUGCAGAACUACCUGGCUGGUCCUGCAGGUCCUCAACGUCAGUUCUUCGUCUAUCCAGAUGCUCCACAGCCGGUGGUGGAAUCUACCGGCAGGCACAAGCCCGAGACCUCCAAUGCAGGUAUUCAAGCCAAUUCUGAGGAAUUUGUAUGGCGACCAAGAACUACAACAACAGACGCAAAGGUUCAGGCUACAUCGACGUCUACCAAUGCCGCGAUUCUUGCCAGGCCUGAACAGACAAGUACAAGUGUACAAGCUCGCGCAGAAACUACAAGCGCAGGCACAGAUGCUGAGCGGAAAUCGACCACGUCAGUUGAAGUUCAAGCAACAAUCAUGUCGAAGGAUGUAGCCACUUGCAUGACUCCUGAAGCUGAGAGAUUCCGAGAGGAGCAUACUGGUAUGAGCCCUAAGGCGAAGCGCUUCUUUGGCGUCGAUGUCGACUCGAAAGGCAUUCAAGUGUCGACUACGCCUUCUGCUUUGACGGCAGCAAGGGACACAGUGGAUACACACGUCAUUGGCGUCACCGCCGACACCGUCCAGAGCUCAGCACCAAAGUCAUAUUUCGCAAAGCACGACUUUUCUAAGGUUGCUGCUCAAGUCACCCAUCCUGCGACAAAUGGUCACGGUGCUCCGGAUUCGCCAACGUUGGCAUUCGAGGAUAGAGAUGGCAAACUACAACAGGCUCAAGAAUCUGCACGCCGUGCGGCUAGUCCGUUUGCAAAUGCACCUCCACUGCGCGCAUCGCCGUUGCCUAAGGGUUCAGAUGGCGGCAGUAUCUCGAGCGACGUGGCUGUUGGUGAAGCAAGACUUCGCGAGCUACUUCGCAAGGAAACUGAGCUGGUGGCAAGUCAGCAAGCCAUUGCGCAGCUCACGCGCGAGAAGGCAGCAUUGUUGGAGAAGCCGCUUCCUGCACAGCCUCCAAUUCUGAGUUCAAAGCCAGCAUCCUCCGGCAAGACUGCUUCGUCUCUCGUGUCAUUCGGACAUCCACUUGAGCGAACUGUGGAUCACCUGCGAGUGAAAGGUCUCUCAGCUGCCGUUGAAGAUAACGACAAUGCGUCUGACACGUCUUGCUGGACACCUCCGACUGCUAAUUCGGAUGCUGAGGAGGAGAGCGGCAGUGAUCUGCCAUUCUCGCCAUACAGCGUGCACCGAGGCAAGUCUGCACGAGAGUCACCCACAGCGAAAGCUGAGCGAAUUCUUGGCAAAUCACCGGAAGCGUCGCCUAUGUCUUCCAAGUAUGUAUCGGACACAAUGCGAGCAAGUCAAGAGGAUGUCCGUUCCGGACAUGUCAUGGCUCCACCUGCUAAACCAUCCACGGCAAGGGAUACGUUGCGAAGCAGGCAGCAAAGUAUCUCUGCGGAAAGGCACUCUGGUCAUGUAGCGCUGUCGCCCACAACCAACGACUUUGGCUCUCACCAAGGCAGAAUGACCAAUGGUGAUCGUCGUUCCGUGGUGCGGUCUCACUCGCACCAAAGUGUCUCGAGCUUCUCUACGUGUGGUUCCGAAGCCAAUGCGCGAUUCUUUGCAAGCAACUAUCAGCAGCCGAAUGAAGCUGCUGUGGAUGCAGAUGGAUUGGACUCGCAGACCAUGAAUGCUGUGAAACGCACCAUGAUUGGCAUGAGCUUGUAUAAAUACAUGCGACGACCUGGUUGGCAGGGUCUAUCUGAUAAACGACAUCAACGAUUCUUUUGGCUGAAUCCGUAUACCCAGACGCUUUACUGGUCUGCCUUUAACCCUGUCAAUGCACCGGAGAAUGCAGUCAUCAAGUCGACGCCUGUUGUUGGACUGUACACUGAAGCUGACUAUAAUCCCCUGCCACCUGGCAUUCAGCAGCGAACAAUCUGUAUCGAGACACCAACAAGGCUAUUAAAGGUGACUGCAAUCUCGUCGAGUGACCAUGAAGACUGGAUGCGUGCGCUCGAUCAUCUCAUCAAUGGGUCUCCUACGAGUAAGCAGCAGGACAGCAUCAUGGCAGAUUUUGAUGCGAGUCCGACCAAGAAGCAGGCGCAACCGCAAGAGAAGCCACAGCAGCCACUGCAGCAACCUCAAACGCACAUGACUGCAGCCGAGACGCCUACAAGCACGGAGGAGUCAUCAUCAUCAACACAGCCGUUUGACUCUCAGCGUACAGUGAGAGCACACCCUUCUCGCGGUGUAGGUCGAUCAACGAGUAUGAACACACUCGGUACAUCCAUUAGCUCGCAUGUGUCCUCCAUCUUCAGGUCACCGAAUCGUCAGAUGACUUCGCAGAAGGGCAAGUAUAAAGCCGGAUCGACACCUUUCAAGAAGCCUGCUUCGCGAGAACGGCGACCCAGCGUGCAAGCACAGAGUACGUGUGCGUCGUCUAUGCAUCGUGCUUCAAGAGAGAGCAGUGUCUCUAGCUUGUACCGACUGCAGCAUGGUCAAGAAACAGGUGGUAUUGGUGGAUCUGGCAUUUCAAUGGAUGAUCUUGCAGAUGAAGGUUUGGAGAAUGUUCGGAGUUGUUGUGGAGGUAAGCAUGAUGUGGGUAUGUUGUGCCGUCGUCCAAGCAGCGCCAUGAGCAAUCAUCGCUAGGUGGUGUUAUGAUCUUUGUGCCUUUUACAUCUUUUGUAUUCCACAUUUGCAGCAAAGUAAUGAUUUAGUAUUCCC